CGUUACAGUUAGUUGCCCACAGCAUGCGUGACAUAGCACUCAGCUUUUGUGGGGGCGCGAUGCAAGCAGUCUGGCAACGCAGACAAUUUUUGCUUCUUUCUUUCGUUUGUUUUCGCUCUUCAUUUGUUGUGCUCAGUAGCAAAAUAUUUUGGAGGUUUUCCAAUUCAAUUCUCAAAACAAACUAAAACUGCAUAAUGCAUAUCUUAGAUCUUCCGGACACUGUGCUAAUGGACAUAUUGGAGCUGCUCACGUACGACGAGGUAGCCAGAAAACGCGAGGUAUGCGCUCGCUUCAACUACAUUUGCCAACAGGUACUUAAUACGGGCUUCAACAAGGUUGUGCAGGAGCAUGCCAAGAAUUUCAAACGCAUCAAAUCCCUGCUGCCACGUCGUGAAUCAGAACGGCGCAAUCACAUGCUGGCACGCCACUCGGACAUCCUGACGUCCAUUGAGACGCGCAUUUCAAUGCUGACAAUGACCUACUCCAAGUUUAUACACCUGAACAUGUGCUGCUUUAUACCCGGCCGCGUACUUGACGAAAUCAACAGCAUAUUACGGCUGUUGGGCGGCACAACAAAGUCGCUGCGUCCGCACGAGGUGUUGCAGGAACUGCGCGACAUCUCCUCGAUGGCCAUUGAGCAUUUCGAUGAAAAGAUUGCCAUCAACUUUAAGACGGCCAUCAAGAUGAACGAACCCUCCUCCUCGGCCAGCGCACGCGUCGUUGUCUGCGGCGCCCUUGGCGACAUCAGCUUCGACGGCGUCAAGGUCAGCCGCUUAAAGAAGGUUCAAGCUCAGCAGCAGCAGCAGCAACAGACGCACUGCCACAAUAUGCUCUGUAUGGGCCAAAAGAGCGACACACUGCCGCAGCAGGCGCUGCUGCUGGCCAACACACUGCCCGCCGGCAAUGGCACUGCUGGCACCGAUGUCAGCCAAUGUAAUUGCAAUCGGGAUCGUCUAACCAAGCAGCUGCAGCGCCAAUGGCAAACACAAAAAGUGCUAACGUCUCGCGUGCGACUACUUGAGGGAUCGCGCAAGGCGCAGGAGCGUCGUCUGCAGGAGGCGCUGGGCAGCAUCACAGAACUGGCCACCCAAGUGUCCGAGCUGAAGCGCCAGCUCGAGGAUGUCCUGGCCAAGGGCAAGUCCAGCGCAAAUGUAGCAAGUGGGGCAAGUGGGAAGCGCACAACAACAGUGGCCACCGACUGUUUGCCGCCCAGCAAGAAACCAAAGGCUUAGUGCCUCCUCAUGUAGGCUGUAGAUUGUACUUAGGGUUGGCCGUAGGUUAAGCAUCUGUACUUUCGAAUAUUCACACUCACACAUGAAUAUAUUAUAAUUAAUUACAUAAGUAUUCCCAUAUAAAGCAGCUGCCGCUAAGAAUAUAAA